UGAUACGUAGACUCGGAACUAAACAUAAUUUGUCUUGGUUUCAGAUCGAGAACAGCAUGUAGUUGCACACUCAGUUGCACAUGAAUGGGAAGUAGCUAGCUAACGUUUCCAGAAGAUGACCUGAUAUUAUUAGCAAAUUUGAGAUUUUUUUAAAAUUCAUUCUAAUUAAACAUUUGAUAAAUCCUAUCGACUUUUCAAUCUUAUAAUUUCUUGCGGCGAACACUGCUGUUUGGAGCUGUGUUGAACGAUAGCUAGCUAGCUAACAACCUAGCUAGCUAGCUGCUGAUUUCCCCUCCCUAUAACUGUCUACUAACUGUCUCCAUAAAGGCAACGUGGGAGCAAAAAUGUUGAAGGAAAUACUGGAAUUACCCGUUGAAGGUCAAAUAUUUUACGCCGUCCUGGUGUUCUCGUGGACGGUUUAUGUUUGGGAGGCCUACCUCGCCUUCAGACAGAGGAGGGUAUACAGAUCUACCAUGCACGUGCCCACGGAGCUGGGGAAGAUCAUGGAUUCAGACACUUUUGCGAAGUCACGGCUCUACCAGUUAGACAAGAGCAACUUUGGUUUCUGGUCUGGAUUGUAUUCAGAGACUGAAGGAACGCUGAUCCUGUGGCUGGGUGGUAUCCCCUUCCUCUGGCGGAUCUCGGGUUUCGUCACUGCCCGCUUCGGCCUGGGCCCAGAGUACGAGAUCUCCCAGUCUCUGGUCUUUCUGCUGCUGGCCACUCUGUUCAGUGCUCUGACGGGCCUGCCCUGGAGCCUCUACAGCACGUUCGUCAUUGAGGAGAAGCAUGGCUUCAACCAGCAGACGCUAAGCUUUUUCCUGAAGGAUGCCCUAAAGAAGUUUGCAGUCACUCAGUGUAUUCUCCUGCCAGUCACCUCUCUGCUGCUGUACAUCAUAAAGAUCGGUGGGGAUUAUUUCUUCAUCUAUGCCUGGCUCUUCACUCUCAUCGUCUCUCUGGUACUUGUGACUAUCUAUGCGGACUACAUCGCUCCCCUGUUUGACAAGUUCACCCCACUGCCUGAAGGAGAUCUCAAAACAGAUAUUGAGAACAUGGCCAAGUCCAUCUGCUUCCCCCUCACCAAGAUCUACGUGGUGGAAGGUUCCAAACGGUCUUCCCACAGCAAUGCCUACUUCUACGGCUUCUUCAAGAACAAGCGUAUCGUGUUGUUCGAUACGCUGCUGGAGGACUUCUCUCCUAUGAACAAGAAGGACGAGGAACACGCAGCCGCCGGACAGACGGACGAGAACGAGGCAGCCGGAGAGGAAAGGGCCAAGCCCCAACCCAAGAACAAGAAACAAGGCUGCAGUAACCAUGAGGUUCUUGCGGUCCUUGGUCAUGAGCUAGGCCACUGGAAGCUGGGCCACACGGUGAAGAAUAUCGUGAUUAGUCAGAUGAACUCCUUCCUCUGCUUCUUCCUUUUCGCUGCUCUGAUUGGUCAGAAAGAGCUCUUCCUGGCUUUCGGUUUCCAUGACAGCCAGCCAACGCUGAUUGGUCUGAUGAUCAUCUUCCAGUUCAUCUUCUCGCCUUACAAUGAGCUGCUCUCCUUCUGCCUGACGGUUCUGAGCCGUCGGUUCGAGUUCCAGGCGGACGCGUUCGCGCGGGACAUGGGCCGCUCCGCCGAGCUCCACUCCGCCCUCAUCAAGCUGAACAAAGACAACCUGGGCUUCCCCGUGGCCGACUGGCUCUUCUCCACAUGGCACUACUCACACCCGCCGCUGCUGGAGCGCCUCAGGGCCCUCAAAGGGCCCAAGCAGGACUGACGGUUCCACAAGGGGGCGCCGUGCUCACCGCCGGGCCCUCCCAGGAAGGGGCUCCGCCGGCCGCUUCUGGCUUCGUGAAGAAAACAAAAAAUGUCUCCCUCAGCCUGUCUCUUUUAAGAAAAAAAACUUUAUUCCUUAAUUUGCUCCUUGGUUGAUUGAUUGAUUGUCCCAAGUUCUGUAACUGUUUUAAUUGUUUAAUUUUUUGAAUUCCAUAGGGCCUUACACAUCAGAACAGUGUUUCCCAGGCUUGUGGGAGGUGCCACUAGUGCAUGUGUGGGUUUUUAUUUUAUUUUUUUUCUCUGUCCUACACACCACACACCCGACUGAAACCAUCGGUUAUUUAAUUAGCCCUUCAGAAGGGUCGAAGGGUGUGUCAGAACAAGAAAGUCACAACAUGUGCAACGCAUAGGCAACAGAAUUGACAAACACUGGUUUUACGAAGCUGACCAUACUUACUGGUACUGGUCCUUUUCUGAAUAACUAAAGCAGGUGCUGUUACUUAUAUAUACCUUUUGAAAGUUUCUCCCGCUUGUUUAAAUUACUUUUUAUUUUGUAAUUGACUGAAAUGUCCUCUCCGGCUUGCCGUAGCUCCACACAUUAUUGGCUUUAUUUAAGGAUCCUUGAAAACAGCUGCUGUGUGGGUUGGCCUUGGCUAGGCAUGGCAACCAAUCAUGUCGGGCUUUGUGUGUGAGUGACAGAUACUAGUGACAACCUCCUGAGAAACUCUUAUGAAGGCUUUCAGAUGGCACAGAAGUGGGGUUCUUGAUAACUUUUAUGUGUAGGGUCAGUCCAUUUGCUUUUAAGGUUUUUUCAGUUCUUUUGUCAUCCAAGUAACAUUUAAUUUUACUUAAAGAAUUUUGGAACCAACACAAAUUAUGUAAAUACAUUGUUCAUUUUUUUGUAAAUUGAGGCCAAACUUCAAAUUAGAGAAAUAUGUAGAAUAGUUCUAAAAAUGUUUUAUUAAUCAGUUUUUGUUUUUUCCCCUCCGUUCUCGGUGCCUGAGCGUGUUUGUGUGUGUUUAGAAAUGAAGAAGUAAACCCAUCCUUUAAUGUUUCCUGUUUUUGUUUUCCUUACAUAAAGUCCAAAUAUAUGCCUGGAAAGGAAACUCCUGACUUGUGUAGAGUAAGGCACUUGCGUGAGUAGCCUGGAAGCUGAGAGUCAGGCAGGGGACUCUAUUCUCCAGCUUGAACCUAUGCGUGUGACACCCCCCCCUCCGAUUUGAGGUUUGCCGUUAUGGUUGAAUAAUGUUUGACUGCUUCUGUUUCAUUUCCCGCCCUGAGCGUAGCCAGUGUAUGAGUGAGAAAAACGGCAGCAAAUGAGCUGUGGAGGCUCUCCUGGUGUGGUUAAACGUUCCAGACUGAGUGUCAAACGACCUCAUGCUCUCUAUUCACUACACACACAUCGGGCAUAAGCCAACUGCUCUCCUAACCCGUGUAGUGCAUCAUAUGUUGGGUAGACAGCCGUUUGAGAUUCAGUCCUGUUAGUUUUUUGGUUUGGUUUUUAUUUUUGACAUUGCUCUCUUCAAAGUCCCUGCCCUUUGGCCUCUCCCUCUGCGCAUCUUCGUUUGCGGUUUGCAGUGUUAACGUGAUGUUGAUGGACGUACUUUGUCUCGUGAAUAAACCUUUUCACGAUG